AUGUCAGGAAAUUACACACGUUCCAUUGCAAGUGCCGGGAGCGAGUCGGUCGGAAGUGGAGGUCUACAGCAUCGAUCAUCGUCCGUCGCCCGCGCCGAGCGUUCAGCUUCCAACCCGGCGUCCUUUUCCCUAGACUACGAUACUGCUCUACCCCCCAUCAAUUUCCACCAAAAUGCCACUCUGGCACACCGACGAACCGGGAGUACCUUGAAAACCGUGAUGCGCAAGAUCUUCAACAGGAAAAGGCAGAGCGCAACAGAUGAAUUGGAGGAGAGCCCCAACGAAGCUCUUUAUUCUCCUCCUGUGAGAAAAUUAGGACCCGCGGGGAAAUCAUUCUUAUCGGUCCCCACUCCCACCGCAUCCAAACGGAGUAGCCCUCUCUCGGAGGAGAAUCUACAAUUGCAAUUUGCGGAAACACAUUUAUCACCAACCUCCGCAACUGGUGGCUCCUUGCCAUCGCCCACUUUACCACGCCCUCGCCGACGAGCAACGCUCCCCAGUGUGAUCUUCUCCGACGACGAAUCCCGGUUUGCAGUAGCGUCUGCAAUUUCCGAUCCUCAGGACGAUCGCAAUCUACAAUUUCAGGAAGGACGUCGACACAGUAUGGUUCAGAACCGAAGGUCUCGAAGUAUAGAAGGGUUGGGGGAAUUGGCGGUUGAACGUGAACGAUAUGAACAAUCACAUGAAGACUGGUCACCCCGCACCACCUCCGCUCCGACUUCGGGACCUGAAUCUAAAUCGCCUCCUAUCGGAAGCUCCAUCAGUGAUCACUCCGCCAGACCUUCCACGGGAAAAACUGUCACAAGCGUGACGCCUGCUUCUGUCGCACCGUCCAUUUCGGAAGCCGAUGAACAAGCCGAACAAAUCAGCCUGCCACCUAAUAUCGGCAAUUUCGUUCACAGCAUGCAACAAGACGACGGUCUAACGGUCGAGCAACGACUGAACACUCUCGAGGUCAAGAUGAUUGACCUGGAAUUCGCAAUCGCCCGUAUGCAAUCCAGUCCCAUCGACAGCCCCACAGAACGCUUAUCCCGAGUGAAACGCACCCCAUCCUCCGAACCAAACACUCUCCACACCCGCAACAAACCUUCCUCCGGGUACCUAGGCGCACCCGACCGCGAACGCGAACGAGACCGCGACCGUGAACGCGACGAAUCUCCAAGUCCCCUUACGACCUUCCCCGCAGUCCGCCCAUCCAGCACAAGCACCAUUCGACAAGAAACAAUGAACAGAAGCCUGCGCGCCGCACCAUCCACCACUUCCCUCUCUGAAUUCAGCGGCGUCUCCAUCGAGCAAUAUAGCACUCUCGUCACACUGUUACGCCGUGAACAGACGGCCCGCCGUAACCUUGAAACCCAGGUUUCUGGCCUUCGCGACGAUCUGCGGCAUAUUCAACGAGCGGCGCUUCAUUCGAUGGAGAUGGGCACCACCAUGUAUCCCAUUCACAGUGUAGAUUCACAGGAAUUUCUGCGGUUCCGGCGUGCGCUUGAUGACUCGGAUUCUUCACCUAUCUCUACCCCUAGAGACAGAGAAAGGGAACGAGAAAGAGAAAGAGAGCGGGCGAAUGUGAAUGUGAAUGUGAAUGGGAAUGGGAAUGGGAAUGGGGAUUACGAGGAUGUGUCGGAAUAUGGGCGAGAUGAUCCUAUCGGACCGCACAAAUGGGAUAACACACCGCGGACAUUGACGACGCCUAUGAUUUGA